AUGAAGUCCCCCGCGCCGGUCGUCCUCAUGGCUUCACUCCUCGCAACUCUCAAAAGGGCCAUCCUCCCGACUGCCACCGCGACUGAAAUCCAGCAGCCUUUCCACUUCGCCGCCAACCAGACUUCUGCCCACAUGCCCCGCGCUCCGGUCAUCUGUGUGUCUCAUGGCGGCGGGCCAAUGCCCAUCCUCGGCGAUCCUGAGCACGAAAAGCUCGUCAAGUCGAUGCGCGAACGAGUCCCUGCCAUCCUGAGAUUGGGCACUCCGGAACAGCCUCGUGCCAUUGUCCUCGUAACCGCCCACUGGUCCGAACGUAACCCCACCAUCUCCAACGGCCAGGAACAUUCGCUUCUCUACGACUACUACGGCUUCCCUCCCGAGACCUACCAACUGAAGUACGACGCGCCGGGCGCCCCAGAUGUCGCGAACGAGGUCGCUGAAGCCAUGCGGGCUGAGGGCUUGAAACCGGAAUUCGAUGGGGACAGAGGCUGGGACCAUGGCGUCUUCAUUCCCAUGCUUCUCAUCAACCCGAAAGCCAACAUACCCAUCGUCCAAAUGUCCGUCUUGAACUCCGAGGACCCAGUCGAACACUUCCGAAUGGGGCAGGCUCUCUCAAAGCUUCGCGACUCCAACGUCGCUGUCCUCGGCUCGGGCUUUCCGUCUCUGCACAAUUUACGUGCCAUGUUCUCGGGCAUGACACAACAGCCGUCGUUCAAGAGCCGGAACGAUGCGUGGAACAGGGCCGUCAACGAGGCGGUGGCUGAAGAAGAGCCUGAAGAGAGACGGAAGAAGCUCGAAGAGUGGAGGAAAUUUCCCGGGGCAUAUGACAUGCAUCCCAGGGGGGGAGCGGAGCAUUUCUUACCUCUGAUCGUCUGCGCCGGGGCCGCCGGGGAGGCUAAAGGGAAGGUAUACUCCGACAAGUUCAUGGGUCUUGACAUGUUUUCCUACUACUGGAACUAG